AUGGCGACGCGGAGCAGCAGGAGGGAGCCGCGACUCCCCUUCCUAUUCACCCUGGUCGCGCUGCUGCCGCCCGGGGCUCUCGGCGAGGUCCGGACGCAGACGCUGCACGGCGGCCACGCGCCCUUGCCCCAGGACCGGGGCUUCCGCGUGGUGCAGGGCGACCUGCGCGAGCGGCCGCUGUGGGCGCGCGGGGACAACCGGGGGGCGGGCGAGAAGCCGCUCCGAAGCAGACGGAGCGUGGCUCUGCAGCCCGAGCCCAUCAAGGUGUACGGACAGGUUAGUCUGAAUGAUUCCCACAACCAGAUGGUGGUGCACUGGGCUGGAGAGAAAAGCAACGUGAUUGUGGCCUUAGCCCGAGACAGCCUGGCGCUGGCAAGACCCAGGAGCAGUGACGUGUACGUGUCUUAUGACUAUGGAAAAUCGUUUCAGAAAAUUUCGGAGAAGUUUAACUUUGGUGUGGGGAACAGCAGUGAAGCUGUGAUCGCCCAGUUCUACCACAGUCCUGCAGACAACAAGCGGUACAUCUUUGUAGACGCGUAUGCCCAGUACCUCUGGAUCACGUUUGACUUCUGCAGCACCAUCCGAGGCUUCUCCAUCCCCUUCCGGGCAGCGGAUCUCCUUCUGCACAGUAAGGCCGCCAACCUCCUCCUGGGCUACGACAGGUCUCACCCCAACAAACAGCUGUGGAAAUCAGAUGAUUUUGGCCAGACCUGGAUCAUGAUUCAGGAACAUGUGAAGUCCUUUUCUUGGGGAAUUGAUCCCUAUGACAAGCCAAACACCGUCUACAUCGAACGGCAUGAACCCUCCGGUUACUCCACCGUUUUCCGAAGUACAGACUUCUUCCAGUCCCGGGAGAACCAGGAAGUGGUCCUCGAGGAAGUGCGAGACUUUCAGCUACGGGACAAGUACAUGUUUGCUACGAAGGUGGUGCAUCCUGUGGGCAGCCGGCAGCCACCUUCUGUGCAGCUCUGGGUCUCCUUCGGCCGGAAGCCCAUGCGAGCAGCCCAGUUUGUCACGAGACAUCCUAUUAAUGAAUAUUACAUCGCAGAUGCCUCCGAGGACCAGGUGUUUGUGUGUGUCAGCCAUAGUAACAACCGCACCAACUUAUACAUCUCGGAGGUGGAGGGGUUGAAGUUCUCCCUGUCCUUGGAGAGCGUCCUCUAUUACAGCCCAGGAGGGACAGGCAGUGACACCCUGCUGAGGUAUUUUGCAAACGAGCCGUUUGCUGACUUCCACCGCGUGGAAGGGCUGCAAGGCGUCUACAUUGCUACCCUGAUCAAUGGCCCCAUGAAGGAGGAAAACAUGAGAUCAGUCAUCACCUUUGACAAAGGGGGCACCUGGGAAUUUCUUCAGGCUCCAGCCUUCACAGAAUAUGGAGAAAAAAUCGAUUGUGAGCUCUCCCACGGCUGCUCCCUGCACCUGGCCCAGCGGCUCAGCCAGCUGCUCAACCUCCAGCUCCGGAGGAUGCCCAUUCUCUCCAAGGAGUCUGCGCCUGGGCUCAUCAUCGCCACGGGUUCCGUGGGAAAGAACUUGGCAAGCAAGAUGAAUGUGUACAUCUCCAGCAGUGCCGGAGCCCGGUGGCGAGAGGCGCUCCCCGGGCCGCACUACUACGCGUGGGGGGACCACGGCGGCAUCAUCAUGGCCAUCGCCCAGGGCACGGAAACCAACGAGCUGAAGUACAGCACCAAUGAAGGGGAGACCUGGAAAGCAUUCGCCUUCUGCACACAGCCCGUGUUUGUGUAUGGGCUCCUCACAGAGCCCGGCGAGAAGAGCACUGUCUUCACCAUUUUCGGCUCCAACAAGGAGAAUGUCCACAGCUGGCUGGUCCUCCAGGUCAACGCCACAGAUGCCCUGGGGGUUCCCUGCACAGAGAACGACUACAAGCUGUGGUCGCCGUCUGACGAGAGGGGCAACGAGUGUUUGCUGGGACACAAGACUGUGUUCAAGCGGAGGACCCCCCACGCAACGUGCUUCAACGGAGAAGACUUUGACAGGCCGGUGGUGGUGUCCAACUGUUCCUGCACCCGGCAGGACUACGAAUGUGACUUCGGCUUCAGGAUGAGUGAAGAUCUGUCGCUGGAGGCUUGUGUUCCGGACCCUGAGUUUUCUGGGAGGUCACAUUCCCCGCCUGUGCCGUGUCCUGUGGGCUCUACUUACAGGCAAACGAGAGGCUAUCGGAAGAUUUCUGGAGACACUUGUAGCGGAGGAGAUGUGGAAGCGCGACUGGAGGGAGAACUGGUCCCGUGUCCCUUGGCAGAGGAGAACGAGUUCAUCCUGUACGCCACGCGCAAGUCCAUCCACCGCUACGACUUGGCCUCAGGAGCCACCGAGCAGCUGCCUCUCACUGGGUUGCGGGCAGCAGUGGCGCUGGACUUUGACUAUGAGCACAACUGCUUGUAUUGGUCCGACCUGGCCUUGGAUAUCAUCCAGCGCCUCUGUUUGAAUGGGAGCACCGGGCAAGAGGUGAUCAUCAGUUCCGGCCUGGAGACGGUAGAAGCCUUGGCCUUUGAGCCCCUCAGCCAGUUACUUUACUGGGUGGAUGCUGGCUUUAAAAAGAUUGAGGUGGCUCAUCCAGACGGCGACUUCCGGCUCACGGUCGUCAACUCCUCUGUGCUCGAUCGGCCCAGGGCUCUGGUCCUCGUGCCCCAGGAGGGGGUGAUGUUCUGGACCGACUGGGGAGACCUGAAGCCUGGUAUUUAUCGGAGCAACAUGGAUGGUUCUGCUGUCCACUGUCUUGUGUCAGAGGAUGUGAAGUGGCCCAACGGCAUUACUGUGGAUGACCAGUGGAUCUAUUGGACAGACGCCUACCUGGACUGCAUUGAGCGGGUCACUUUCAGUGGUCAGCAGCGCUCCAUCGUCCUGGACAAUCUCCCGCACCCCUAUGCCAUCGCAGUCUUCAAGAAUGAAAUCUACUGGGAUGACUGGUCACAGCUCAGCAUAUUCCGAGCUUCCAAACACAGCGGAUCCCAUGUGACGCUUCUGGCGAGUCAGCUCACGGGGCUGAUGGACAUGAAGAUCUUCUACAAGGGGAAGACAACUGGAAGCAACGCUUGUGUGUCCAGGCCAUGCAGCCUGCUCUGCCUGCCCAGGGCCAACAGCAGCAGGAGCUGCAGGUGUCCAGAGGGCGUGGCCAGCACCGUCCUCCCCUCGGGGGACCUGAGGUGUGAGUGCCCCCGGGGCUAUCAGCUGAGGAACACCACCUGCGUCAAAGAAGAGAACACCUGUCUGCGCAGCCAGUACCGCUGCAGCAACGGGAACUGCAUCAGCAGCAUCUGGUGGUGUGACUUGGACAACGACUGUGGAGACAUGAGCGACGAGAGAAACUGCCCCACUACCAUUUGUGAUCUGGACACACAGUUCCGUUGCCAGGAGUCUGGGACCUGCAUCCCACUCUCCUACAAGUGCGACCUGGAAGACGACUGUGGAGACAACAGCGACGAGAGUCACUGUGAAGCGCACCAGUGCCGCAGCGACGAAUACAACUGCAGCUCCGGGCUGUGCAUCCGCUCCUCCUGGGUGUGUGACGGGGACAACGACUGCAGGGACUGGUCCGACGAAGCCAACUGCACGGCCAUCUACCACACCUGUGAGGCUUCCAACUUCCAGUGCCGCAACGGGCACUGCAUCCCGCAGCGGUGGGCCUGCGACGGCGACAUGGACUGCCAGGACGGCUCUGACGAGGACCCGACCAGCUGUGAGAGGAAGUGCAACGGGUUCCGCUGCCCGAACGGCACCUGCAUCCCCUCCAGCAAGCACUGUGACGGCCUGUGGGACUGCUCGGACGGCUCGGACGAGCAGCGGUGCGAGCCCCUCUGUACGCGCUUCAUGGACUUCGUGUGUAAGAACCGCCAGCAGUGCCUGUUCCAGUCCAUGGUGUGCGACGGGAUCGUGCAGUGCCGGGACGGCUCAGACGAGGACGCAGCCUUCGCAGGAUGCUCCCAAGACCCCGAGUUUCACAAGGUCUGCGAUGAGUUCAGUUUCCAGUGUCAGAACGGCGUGUGCGUCAGCCUGGUCUGGAAGUGCGACGGGAUGGACGAUUGUGGCGACGGCUCUGACGAGGCCAGCUGUGAAAACCCCACAGAAGCCCCAAACUGCUCCCGCUACUUCCGGUUCCAGUGUGAGAACGGCCACUGCGUCCCCAACCGGUGGAAGUGUGACGGAGAGAACGACUGUGGGGACUGGUCCGACGAGAGGGACUGUGGAGACUCCCGUACUCCUCCCUCUCCCACCCCGGGGCCCUCGACGUGCCCACCGAAUCACUACCGCUGCAGCAACGGGGCUUGUGUGACAGGCACCUGGGUGUGUGACGGGUACCGGGACUGUGCGGACGGCUCGGACGAGGAAGCCUGCCCCUCGCCCGCAAAUGUUACCACGGCCUCCACUCCCACCCCGCGUGGGCGAUGUGACCGAUUUGAGUUCGAGUGCCACCAGCCAAGGAAGUGCAUCCCCAACUGGAAGCGCUGUGACGGCCACCGGGACUGCCAGGACGGCCAGGACGAAGCCAGCUGCCCCACACACAGCACCCUGGCCUGCCUGAGUGGGGAGUUCCGGUGCGAGGACAGCGAGGCCUGCAUCCUGCUCUCGGAACGCUGCGACGGCUUCCUGGACUGCUCCGACGAGAGCGACGAGCGGGCCUGCAGCGAUGAAUUAACUGUGUACAAAGUCCAAAAUCUUCAGUGGACAGCUGACUUCUCUGGGGAAGUAACGCUGACCUGGAUGCGGCCCAAGAAGAUGCCUGCUGCUUCCUGCGUCUAUAACGUCUACUACAGGGUGGCUGGCGAGAGCAUGUGGAAGACUCUGGAGACCCACAGCAGCAAAACAAACACGAUGCUGAGAGUGUUGAAGCCAGACACCACCUAUCAGGUGAAAGUCCAGGUCCAGUGUCUGAGCAAGGUGCACAACACCAACGAGUUCGUGACUCUGAGGACCCCAGAGGGGUUGCCAGAUGCCCCUCGAAAUCUCCAGCUGUCGCUCCCCAGGGAAGCAGAAGGUGUGAUUGUGGGCCACUGGACUCCUCCCAGCCACACCCACGGCCUCAUUCGGGAAUACAUCGUAGAAUACAGCAGGAGUGGUUCCAGGAUGUGGGCCUCCCAGAGGGCUGCUAGUAACUCCACAGAAAUAACGAACUUACUGGUCAACGCUCAGUACACUGUCCGAGUGGCUGCAGUGACGAGUCGUGGAAUAGGAAACUGGAGUGACGCUAAGUCCAUUACCACCACAAAAGGAAAAGUGAUCCCACCACCGGAUAUCCACAUUGACAGCUGUGGGGACACCUCGCUAAGCUUCACCCUGACCAUGGAGACGGACAUCAAGGUGAAUGGCUAUGUGGUGAACCUCUUUUGGGCAUUUGACACCCACAAGCAAGAGAAGAGAACUUUGAACUUUCGAGGGAGCAUCUUGUCACACAAAGUUGGCAACCUGACAGCUCAGACGUCUUACGAGAUUUCUGCCUGGGCCAAGACGGAGUUCGGGGAUAGUCCUCUGGCAUUUGAGCAUGUCAUGACCAAAGGAGUCCGCCCGCCCGCCCCUAGCCUCAAGGCCAAGGCCCUCAACCAGACUGCCGUGGAAUGCACCUGGACCGGCCCCAGGGGCGUGGUUUACGGUAUCUUCUAUGCUACAUCCUUUCUUGACCUCUAUCGAAACCCACAGAGUGUGACAACGUCACUACACAACAAGACGGUCAUCGUCAGCAGGGAUGAGCAGUACUUGUUCUUGGUCCGUGUGGUGGAGCCCUACGAGGGGCCGGCCUCCGACUACGUGGUGGUGCGGAUGAUCCCAGACAGCAGGCUCCCGCCCCGCCACCUGCAUGCAGUUCGCACGGACAAGACCUCGGCUGUCAUUAAGUGGGAGUCCCCUUACGACUCCCCCGACCAGGACUUGUUGUAUGCAAUUGCAGUCAAAGAUCUAAUAAGAAAGAGCGACAGGAGCUACAAAGUGAAAUCCCAGAACAGUACUGUGGAGUACACCCUUAACAAGUUGGAGCCUGGAGGGAAGUACCACGUCGUCGUCCAGCUGGGGAACAUGAGCAAAGAAGCCAGCAUGAAGAUCACCACCGUUUCAUUAUCAGCACCUGAUGCCUUAAAAAUCAUAACAGAAAAUGACCAUGUUCUUCUGUUUUGGAAAAGUCUUGCUUUGAAGGAAAAAUAUUUUGAAGAAAGCAGGGGCUACGAGGUGCGCAUGUUGGACAGCGGCAUGAAUAUCUCAGCGUACCUUGGGAACACUACUGACAACUUCUUUAAAGUUUCCAACCUGAAGUCAGGCCACAAUUACACCUUCACUGUCCAAGCAAGCUGCCUGGUUGGCGGCCAGAUCUGCGGGGAGCCCGCUGUGCUGCUGUACGACGACACGGCGCCUGGUGGGGGCGCGUCGGCCGCCCAGGCUGCCAGGUCUCCUGAUGUUGCCGCUGUGGUGGUGCCCAUCUUGUUCCUGGUCCUGCUGAGCCUGGGGGUCGGCUUUGGCAUCCUGUACACGAAGCACCGGCGGCUGCAGAGCAGCUUCACCGCCUUCGCCAACAGCCACUACAGCUCCCGGCUGGGCUCGGCCAUCUUCUCCUCGGGGGACGACUUGGGGGAAGACGACGAAGACACUCCGAUGAUAACUGGGUUUUCCGACGACGUCCCCAUGGUGAUAGCCUGAAAGAGCUUCCUUCCUCACUAGAAACCAAAUGGUGUAAAUAUUUUAUUUGAUAAAGAUAGUUGAUGGUUUAUUUUAAAAGAUGCACUUUGAGUUGCAAUGUUAUUUUUAUAUGGGCCAAAACAAAACAAAGAGAAAAGAAUGAGUAAACUUUGUAGUAAUCAACUGUGAACUGGAAACCAGGUUGAUUUUAGCAACCAGAUUGCUUUGAUUUGAUAUUAACGUAGUCUUACAGGGCUGUGCUUGCUGGGCAUGCUUUUAAGUCUGUGAGAUUGGCCAGUGUUUUUAUUUUUCUAAGACACAGAAAUGUAUUUAAUAAAAACUUCAAGAGAGAGUGGUGGGUGGAAUCCCUCCUCCUUGAAAUUAUGCUUCAAAGUUUAAAUUUUGUUUGGGUUUAGUUUAUAUGAAAGUGUAUGGUGGGGGAAGAUGCUUCUAUGUUAUUUUGUUAAUUUAUUGGGACUCUGUAUGAGGCCAGACUGUGGGGUCAUCUGACACCGCACAUGUUCUGAGCCCAGCUGGGGGGCGGGGUGGGGGCAGAAGCAGUGAGUCGCCAUCUGGAAACGAUCCCUUUCUGUUGACUUGUGUGUCCCGUGACGGGGCCCGGAGGAGGGUGCGGCAUCGUGGCUCCAUCGUGGACACAGAGCUGCCACCUAGGAAGCCCUGGCAGCUGCAGCUGCAGCUCCUGUGCGCAGCCGCGCGGAGCCUCGGUGGCCCUGCUGCCACUGUCGUGCAACCUGCCCCAGCUGUGGGGGAGGACCACACACCUGUGCCAGGAUAGACACGGUGGCCAGCCCAGGACCUGCGUUUUCAACUUUUGUUUUCACUUAUCACUGGAGAACCUCAAAUGCAAAGUUGUAUGUGUGUGUUGAGGUGGCCACUUGUCCUUCAAAAUUCAUACUGAUACUUACAGUCAUUUUGAAUUGGGUCAGUGCCUUCUCUUUUUUCCUUUUCUUCCGCUUUCCUUGCCUGUACGCCUGCCAAAUUUAAAGAGAAAGUGCUGUUCAUUCUUGUAGAGCUACAGGAGGUCCAUGAACUUCAGACCAUCCAAUCCCAUUCACAGAAGGAGCAACACUACUCUGUAAACGGGAAUUUUCUUCUUCCUUUAAAUGCCACCCCUGUAUUCCAAUCAUGGCCACUCAGCGGGGGUGUGGACUUGACUGUGGACUGACGCCCACCCUUCAGAGUUAGUGUUGUGGCACCAGGGUCCUGCACGCCGAGAGUCCUACUGUGUGCGUCUCACCGCAGAACGCCUUGUUGGUGGGAGGCAGUGAGCUCUGAGCCUGUCACAGUCAGUGCUGGGAGAGGUCCUCUCCCCCCCU